ACACACCCAGCAAAAUUUGGCCACUGAGAAAAUGGAGAGUCAGAGUGGUAGAAAACAAGGUUCUACGUCUCCAUGCGCAGCAUGCAAACUUCUGCGAAGGAGAUGUGCUCAGGAUUGUGUUUUUGCUCCUUAUUUUCCAGCUGACGAGCCCCAGAAGUUUGCCAGUGUCCACAAGGUUUUUGGUGCUAGCAAUGUCAACAAGAUGCUACAGGAAUUACCAGAGCACCAACGCAGUGAUGCAGUGAGUUCCAUGGUGUAUGAAGCAAAUGCAAGAGUCCGGGAUCCUGUGUACGGUUGUGUUGGAGCAAUAUCAUCUUUACAACAACAAAUCGACGCACUCCAAACCCAAUUGGCCAUUGCACAAGCUGAAGUGGUGCACAUGAGAAUGGGCCAAUUCGCUAUUACCACUACUACUGCUUCAACGACUACUUGCUCACCAGACCAAAAGAUGGCACCUGAUAAUUCUCAUCACCACCAUCAUCAUCGCAGUCAUCAGACGGCUACCACCAAGUCCUUUUUUUCAAUGGACAUGGCGGCCGAUCAGGCCAAUAUGGGAGAGUCUUUGUGGUCAUGCUAGCUCUACCUACCUGAAUUUGCAUGCCUCUAUGCCACUUUGAUUAGUUAAUCUGUUUUGCUAUAAUAUUUAAUAUGUCUGCUAUCUCCUCUUUAGUUAUAGUACGUACCUCUUUUUUUUUCUCUUUUACUUUCUUAUGUAGUGCAUUUCUCUCUCUACUUGACCAGGGAUGCGAUGAUGAUUAAUUAGUUGACCAUAUUGUAAAUAUGUCUAAACUUUGUAAGUAUGAGUUUUUACUUAAAAUAUUGUUAAUAUAUAUAUGGUGAAAUUCUUGAUGUGA